UAUGCAAACAAGGCAAAAAUGGCCAAAUGGGGCCACUCCUUAUUUAAAUUCACGUAAUCAAAUUUCACACUCCAUUGGUGGGUGACCAAACCAACUUCCCUUGCUUCUCAUAAAUGGCCUACAAUGGCGGUGGUGGUAGCAUUGCCCUUUCAUUGCUUCUAACAAGCUGCAGCUCCCAGUUAGGCAGCUCCUCAGUGCUUGUUUUGGACCAUUCGAAUCUUCUGUCUUUAUCGUGGAGUUGUGUGGUUUUGAGGGUUUUGAGUCUUUAUCUCUACUGGGUUGUGGUCCAAGUUUGGCCUCUCUUGUGUUUCUUUUCAGGGUUUGGGCAUCUGGGUAUCUCUCUGUUUUUGUUUUUUUGUUUUUUUUAAAUCAAUUUUGAGGAGUUUUCAUUGAUUUCUCGAUGAGGGUUUUCAAUUGACUAUUUACCAUGAUUUCUGUUUAAGAAGCUUCAUGAUGUUUGAAUGACAACGGCAAUGUGUUAUUAGCUCUGAUGAAGCAUUUAGUAUUUCCCUGUUCUUGAAGUUGUUGCUGUAGCCUGUAUUGCUGUUUCUUAGUGACAGAAGCUUGUCGGUUGUGAUGUCUACAACAAUCACUUUCAUGAUAAAAAGUUGUCCUUUCUUCUCAUUGUUUCUUCUUUCUCUCUUCAAAAUCAAAAGCUAGUGAUUUCCAUCAACUGUUUUCUAUCACUUCGCUUUUUAUACAUUGGUUUGAUUCCCCAUUUUUAUUCCUUGGUCGAGCCAUUUUUGUUUCAUUUUCUGCUAGGAUUUCAUAGAGUACAAUGUUUUAUCUGCUCAUCUCUUUCCUUUCCUUCAUCCUUCUUUCUAAGUCCUUCUCUUAUAAACGCUUGCUGCCAUGGGAGGCCAAGAUGAGUUUCUUGACUGCUUUACUUGUAUCAAGGUUCCAUAAGAGCAAACUUGCUUUGAGUUUUUUUCUGGUUCUCAAGGUCUCCGAUCCGUCAUUAAAGAGCAAUAGAUGUAGCGCAAAACAGGGGAAUUUAGAGGAGGAAAGGGGGACUUCACUCUUGGAUUUGCCUGAGUUGGCUCUCGAGUCAGUUCUCGGCCGGCUUUCGCCAUCUGAGUUGUGUAGGAUGGCAAAUGUGUGUACUUAUUUGAGGGAUGUUUGUGAAGAUGACUAUUUCUGGGAGAAGCACAUGAAGCAGAAAUGGGGGAAGUUGAUGGGUAAUUCUGCUUGUAAAGAAUGGCAUUUGCACAUAGCUCGUCAGAGGAGAUCUAAGCUCACAAAUUCACCUCAGAAGAAAGGUUUUUUCAGUUCGUAUUCUGGAAGUUGGUCUUUUCUGCUGACUAGACCAAAACCAGAAAGUAGAGGCAACAUCAGGAGUCCUGAUUCAAUGAAGGCUUGGUAUCAAUCUCUUGAAAAUGGAAAGUUAUGGUUCCCAGCUCAAGUGUACAAUAGAGAGAGUGGUCAUGCUGGUUUCAUGUUGUCUUGUUAUGAUGCCCAAAUAUCUUACGAUUCCCAGACCGACAUGUUCAAGGCAAGAUAUCCACCACACGGGAGACGCGCAAUAGAGGAAAAUAUUUUUUGGAACAGGCUAAGAGCACCGCCUGUCGAUAUUCCUCCCCAUCUUCUUCAUGCCUCUGAAUGUUUAGCUGACCUGAAGCCUGGUGAUCAUGUCGAAAUCCAAUGGAGAAAAAGCAAGGAGUUUUCUUAUGGUUGGUGGUACGGUGUCGUAGGCCACUUGGAAGCGUGCGAUGGGAGUGCAAACAACUGCCAUUGUUGCUGUAAUGACAUGGUGUUGUUGGAGUUCAGUCAGUACGGCGUCGGGUCACGAUGGAGAAAGACGGUAAUAAACCGAAAGAGCCACAAGGAAGUAGGGAACGAAGCAGAUGGUUAUUAUGGAGGACUGAGGAAGCUUUACAAAGAAGAGGAAAUUACGAGGUGGAAAUGCUUGUGGCCUAAUAGAGUUUUGGAAUAGAAUCAUUUCUUUCUUCUUUCUUCUUUCUUCUCUGCUCCUGUUUUUAUGUACAGAUUUGGUUUUUUUUUUUUUUUUUUUUUUCCUUUUUCUUAACCAUCUUUUCCAUUUCUUUCUCUUUGAGAUUUUCUCUCAAAUUAUGAGUUAAGAGGCAUUGCGUGGAGAGUCUUUUGGAGGAUGUUUUGCAUAUAACAGACUUCUCUAAUUUUGUAUCUUAUAUGUAAAUUUGAGAAUUUUCAAAGAGGUUUUUUUUCAGUUAUUCAACA